AUGACUGCUUUACAUUACAAGUUCGAUAAUAUGCAAGAAACAUCAUCUCCAUCUACCCAACCUAUCAGUGUAGCUACAAUGAAGGCCCAAGCUGUGAAUAAAUCUCUCAUGGAAAAAGAUGUUGAGAUUAAUGCUCUUGUUGCUCAUAACAAGAUCCUAGACAAUCAGAUGGCUCAGAUGGCCACCAGACUAGCGGGGAGGACCCAAGGGCAGCUCCCUUCACAGCCUGAGAGUAAAGAAAAUGCAAAUGAUAUUACACUAUGUAGUGGGUAUGGGUAUGAUGGCCCUUCUAUGUAUGUUAAUAAUGAUUUUGGGGUGUGUGCUAGUGAUCCGGUUGAGAAAGUAGCUGAAAAGGUAGUCCCAAAUAAGGUAGUAGUUGAAAAGGUAGCCCAUGAGAAAGAGGUUGUAUCUGAGUUUCAUUGCAUGGUUACCGAAGGGGUGGUAUUGGGGCACUUAAUUUCUGAAAAGGGAAUUGAAGUGGAUCAGGCUAAGUUCCAAGUGAUUAAACAAGUAUCCCCUCCAGUUAAUGUGAAGGGUAUUAGGAGUUUCCUUGGUCAUGCGGGGAUAAAACAGGCAUUGAUCUUUGCCCCUAUCAUCCGUUCUCUGUAUUGGGAUCUCCCGUUUGAGAUUAUGUGUGAUGCAACUGACUAUGCGGUUGGGGUUAUUCUGGGACAACGAAAGGAAAAGGUUUUACAUGCUAUCUACUAUGCUAGUAAGACCCUAGAGAAAGCUCAGUUAACUAUGCUACUACUGAGAAAGAUCUUCUUUCUAUGGUCUAUGCCUUGGACAAGUUCCGUACAUAUCUCAUUGGGUCCAAGAUUGAGGUAUGAUGAUGGUAAAGAUGCUACACCUAUCGAUGAUUCAUUUCCCGAUGAUCACUUACUUGCAGUCGCCAAUCAGUCAUCGUGGUUCGCAGACUAUGCGAACUAUAUUGUGGGGGUUACUCUUCCGGACGAUCUAUCCUACCAACAGAAGAAGAGGUUCCUCCAUGACAUUCAUUACUACUUCUGGGAUGAUCCUUACUUGUUUUGUAUGACUGCAGAUGGUUUAUACAAGCGUUGUAUUCCCGAGUGA